CCUAAUAAAACCAAGUUUGGGCAUUUGGGCUUGGAUGCUUGAUUACAAUUUAGUACUAGUGUACUACAUAAAUGUCUCAUCUCCUCCACAUGAUGAGUGUCUAAUAACUAAAACAACCCCUCCAAAAUCCUCCUAAUCCCUUCUCUUAAGACACAACCCCUCUUCCCUCCUUCCUUCAUGCCCUCUUUGCUCUCUCUCUCUCUCUCUCUCUCUCUCUCCCCCUUCCCUUCUUCCCCACGCGUCCCCUCCCCUCCUCGCCGUUAUCUCUCCGUUACACCACCCGCCUCACGCCGUCACGUCAACUUCCGCCACAAAAAAAAAAAAAGAAAGGCACACGCGCCGCGCAUGUCCACCGCCGGCGACCCCGCCGCGGCGGCCGCGGCCGCGGCAGCCGCCACGCCGUCCGGCCGCGCGCCGAGGCUGCCGCGGUGGACGCGGCAGGAGAUACUGGUGCUGAUCGAGGGGAAGCGCAUGGUGGAGGGCCGAGGGGGCGGGCGCGGCGGGAGGGGCCGCGCCGCGGCGGCGGCUGCUGCUGCUGCGGCGGCGGCGGCGGGGGGCUCUGGGGGGGAGGCGGCGGUGGCGGCGCUGGAGCCCAAGUGGGCGGCGGUGGCGGAGUACUGCCGGCGGCACGGCGUGGAGAGGGGCGCCGUGCAGUGCAGGAAGCGGUGGAGCAACCUCGCCGGGGACUACAAGAAGAUCAAGGAGUGGGAGCGCGCGGCGGCGGCGGCGGCGCCGCCGCGGGAGCCGUCGUUCUGGGCCAUGCGGAACGACGCGCGGCGGGAGCGCCGGCUCCCGGGGUUCUUCGACCGGGAGGUGUACGACAUACUCGACGGCCGGGGGCGCGGCACCCUCGUCUCCCCCUCCGGAGGAGGUAAUGCCGCGGCGGGGGAAGAGGAGCCCGCGCGCGCGGCGGCGGAGGUGGAGGUGGAGGUGGAGGAGGAGGAGGAGACGGGGAAGACGCGAGCCCGAGCCGAGGAGACGGUGUUCGACAGUGGCCGCCCCGCCGCGGAAGAGUCGCUGUUCUCCGACGACGAGGAGGAGGAGGACGACGACGAGGCGCCGCCGGCGACCGCCGCCGCCGUCGCUGCGACGGCACAGGCGCCGCCUCGAGCGGUGAUCGCCUUGCCGAUAUCCGGCACGUCGAAAGACAAGCAGCCGGAGCAGCAGGCCGCAUCGAGAGGCACGCCACCGCCGCCGCCGCCGACGACGCAGCAGCAGCAGGGUGGGCAGAAGCGGCGGCGAGCCGACGACGACGAGGAGGAGGAGGACGACGGCCGCCGCGGCGGCGAGCUGCAGAGCAAGCUGGUGGAGAUCCUGGAUCGGAGCAGCCGGAUGGUGGCGGCGCAGCUGGAGGCGCAGAACGCCAACAGCCGGCUCGACCGGGAGCAGCGGCGAGACCAGGCGGCCAGCCUCGCCGUCGUGCUCGGCCGGCUCGCCGACGCGCUCGGCCGGAUCGCCGACAAGCUAUAGCCAGGCAUAUACAGUAUAUGAAUAAGAUACUAGUACUCCUAUAUGUAACGCUAAUUAAGCGUAGGAAUUCAGGUUGUUCGGAGUCACGUAGAGUGUGAAAUAAUUUACAGCAGGGGAGAGAGAGGAGAAGGUGACAUUUUUAUGGGGAUAUUGUACAGAUUGGCUUAGGGAUCAUUAAUUGGCAAUUCGAUUCUUUUGUAAACCCCCGGUUCUGAAGUUCGGUCAGAAACCGUUAUUGAUUUGAGAUGUUGCCUUUGUUUUGUACUGUAAUUUAUAGGGAGGAAAGGUAAGGUUGUUACUGGCA